AUGGCCAAUGGGAAGGUGAUUGGUGGAAAUGUGUUGUGGUUGUUAGUGUAUAAGGUUGAUUGUGUAGAGGAGGAUUACACACAAAUGAUUUGGUUGGCGUGGCUAGGGUUCUACAUUGAGAUUUCCAAUUCAAAAUUGGUUGAGAAGAAGAAGAAGAAAAAGGAGGAGGGGAUGAUGAAGCGGCUGUUGGGUGGGCCCGGAACGAUUAGCGGCUUUCUGUUGAGGUUUGGCCAAUGUGCAUUUGGUGCCGCUUCAAUUGCUCUUAUGGUCACUGGUUUUGGCUUCUCUAGCUACACUGCUUUCUGCUAUUUAAUUGCAUCAAUGGGACUUCAAUUUCUCUGGAGCUUUGGACUUGCAUGUCUUGAUAUUUAUGCCUUGAGGAGAAAGAGAGACCUACAAAAUCCAAUUCUUGUCAGCCUGUUUGUUGUAGGUGAUUGGGUCACAGCAACUUUAUCACUGGCAGCUGCAUGCUCAUCAGCAGGAGUUGUAGUAUUAUACUCAAGAGACCUGAAUAUGUGUGCGAAUAGUAAGCGUCUCACAUGCAACAAGUAUCAGAUUUCUGUAGCCAUGGCUUUUGUCACCUGGGUUCUUACAGCAAUGUCAUCGCAUGUGAUGUUCUGGAUCUUGGCCUCAGUCUAG